AUGUCUUCUCCCUUUGCCCAAGCUAUUCAAGUUAUUACCAGAGCCCUUGGACCUCUUCCCAAAUACCAGUUCACUCCGGGGAAUGAUGACACACCCAAAGAGACCGGUCUUCUUCAGGACUUACAACACUUGGGUGUCGAAGACUACAAGACGCUGAAAGAUGUUUUGGAUGCCACGGUUUCCGGCGAAGAGGAUGACAACGAACUUUUACAAGAGCGUAUUGUCACCUUGCUGGCUAAACUGCCCCCUAAUUCCCGGGAAGGUAAACAAGCUACCGAUGCUUUCGUCAACACGCUCUGGAACUCGCUUGAGCACCCUCCUGCUCAGAUUUUAGCUAGAGAUGCUUGUUACCGUACAGCAAACGGCUCCUAUAACAACCUUGAAGCUCCUGCUAUGGGGGCCGCCAACACACGCUACACACGAACGACUCCUGCUAAGGUGUUCCAGGGGCCUAACUUGCCUGACCCAGGCCUUAUUUACGACAGUAUCAUGGCCAGGGAUAGAGCAUCGUUCCGCGAACAUCCAAACAAGAUAUCUAGCGUGCUGUUCUACCUUGCUACAAUCAUUACUCACGACAUUUUCCAGACAAUGUUCAAUCGGUUUCACAACUAUGUCGUAACUCAACUGGCGGGGAUUAACGAGAACGGCCGCUUCACAAAGCCAGUCGCUACUAGCGAAGGUGGCAAUUGGGAAGUCUGGGAAAAAUACGACAACGACCUAUUUCAGACAGGACGACUUAUUACAUGCGGGCUCUAUGUUAACAUUAUCCUUAAGGACUACGUCCGAACGAUACUGAAUGUCAACCGCUCUGGCACUACAUGGGGCCUGGACCCACGGACGCAAGAGAAGAAGAACAUAUUCAACAGUUCGCCGGCCCCAGAGGCUACAGGCAAUCAAGUUUCCGUCGAGUUCAAUCUCAUUUAUAGAUGGCACAGUGCCCUUUCGACGCGUGACGAGAAGUGGGUGACUGAUGACUUCCGUAAAAUACUCGACGGCGCGGAUCCUGCUAAAGCGAGCGUUGACGAGGUAUUACAAGCCUUAGCAAGAUCCCGGCGUGGUAUCCCUAACAACCCAGAUGAGCGAGAUUUCGCUGGUCUAAACCGGGGCGAAGACGGAACUUACCCUGAUGACGAGCUUGUCGACAUCCUAACCGCCUCUAUCGAAGAUGUCGCUGGCGCAUUUGGGGCGAACCAAGUACCGAGCGCAUUGCGAGUUAUCGAGAUCCUCGGAAUUACGCAAGCACGAGAAUGGCAUGUAGCCACACUGAAUGAGUUUCGACAGCAUUUUGGCCUGAAGAAGCAUGAUACAUUCGAAGAUAUCAACCCAGACCCUGCGGUCGCGGGGAAGUUAAUGUCCCUUUACGACUCACCUGAUGCGGUUGAGCUAUAUCCAGGGCCUGAGAAGCCCAAACCGCCUAUGUCCGGCAGUGGACUCUGCGUAAACGUCACCACGAGUCGUGCCAUCCUUUCCGAUGCUGUGGCGCUCGUUCGCGGGGAUCGCUUCUAUACUACUGAUUAUACUCCUGCGAACUUGACGAACUGGGGUUUCAAUGAAGCCGAUUUCGACCUAAAAGUUGACCAGGGACAAGUGAUGCACAAGUUGAUAUUCCGCGCGUUCCCAUUCCAUUUCGCGCGCAACAGCAUCCAUGCGCAUUUCCCUUUUGUUGUACCGAAGGAGAAUAAGGUCAUACAUGAAGCUCUAGGCACAUCUGAAUUAUAUUCGUGGGAGAAACCCACGAGGCAGCUAGAUCCGGUAGUUAUCAAAUCCCACAAAGCCGUUAGUCAAGUGUUGGGUAACAACAAGGACUUUUACGUUCCCUGGGGCGAAGGUAUAUCCUAUCUUGUCAGUCCACCAGGGAAGACCUUCGCAAAAGACUUUUGUCUAGCUGGUGACGGUACUGCCAACCAGCAUAGUCGGGAUCAUGUAGCUAGAUGUCUCUACCAGCCCAAGGAGUGGGAAAACGAGAUCAAGCAUUUCUUUAACCAGACUACCAAAAAUCUGCUUAAGAAAGCCGGCCGGACGUUACCACCCAGUCCCACUAUAGCACCGGGGCCGGCCAAAAACUUUGAAGUUGAUAUUGUCAGAGAUGUUAUUAUCCCGCUUAACACGCGCUUCGUCGCGGAGUUCUUCGGGCUACCGAUUAAAACGGCUGAGACCUCGCCCCACGGCAUCUACACAGAGCAUGAGCUAUACGGGCUACUGUCUGCCAUGUUCUCCGCCGUAUUCUUCGACAGCGAUCCAGCUAAUUCUUUCAAACUGCGGACUUUGUCUCGUGAGCUUGCUCUGGGACUAGAACAACUUGUACGCCUGGAGGCUGAAGCAGAUGCAAAAACCAACUGGGUUGCCGGAAUGGCCGCACGAUUGGGUUUUAUAUCUGCCGGAAAGGAUAAGUCGAAUGCUGGGGGUAAGGAAGACUGGCCUGGGCUCCCGGAUUACGGCCGACAGUUGCUUUCCCGUAUGAUGGAGAAGGGGAAAACGAUUGAGGAGUGUAUUGCAGGGACUGUUAUGCCGAUUAGCGCUGCCGGAGCUACGAUCAUGUCGGGUCUACUCUCGCAAUGUCUAGAUUACUUCCUAGGAACGGGGAGCCAACACCUCCCUGAGCUGUACCGCCUGGCCCACGAGAACACGGCUGAAGCUGACGACAAGUUGAUGCAUUACCUCCUAGAAGGCAUUCGCCUCCGCGGUACUGUCGUAGUAGCGCGCUUCAUCCCACCUACCAGCGCCGCCCAAACCAUCACCGACGACAUCCCUUGCCUGCCCAAUCCAUCUUCCCCAACCAGCCCAUCCCCUAUUCCGAACCCCCCGACCUCCCGCCCCUCCUCCACCCGCACAUACACCCUCCUCCCAACCCAACGCGCUAUAAUUGACCUAGUAACCGCCUCCCACGACGCCACCGCUUUCCCUGACCCCGAGUCCCUGCGUCUCGACCGCCCGGUAUCCUCGUACCUGCCCUGGGGCGCCGGACCGCACAAAUGCCUAGGCGAGGGACUGACGCGGGUCGCACUCGCGGCCACGUUUAAGGUAUUGGUACAACUGCCGGGUUUGCGGCGUGCACCCGGCCCGCGGGGCGAGUGCAAGAGCCUCGAGUUCAAGGAGUGGCGGGGCCAGGCUGGGCGGAAGGCUGUGCGUGGCGGUGGCGACGAAUGGACUGGACUGAGGGUGUAUAUGACGCCUGAUCAGAGCGCGUAUUCCCCUGUGCCGACGACGAUGCGGGUACGGUGGGAUGGUGUGGCUAUUACUGCUGAGGGGGGAGAGAGGGGGUGGGUUGAUGUUGGAGGUAAGUAA